AUGCCAAGGUCUUUCCUGGUGAAAAAGGUCAAACUGGAUGAUUUCUCCAACGGGGCGGAUCUGGAGAACGCCUACCGGCACAGGACAGACCUCAGCCUGCGGCUCCAUGACAAAGCUGGUUACAUCAGUGACUACAUCAGCCCUGUUGUGUAUGAUGGUGAGAGCGACAGUGGGAUCAAGGUGCCCUCUCCCGAUCCCCUUUACGAUGGCAUCCACAGUGACUACGGGGCUCCUGACUCUGAGUCUCCUGACAGCCCAGGCUCAGAAAUCACCGAUGGCUACAUCAACGGAGAUGCUGCGGUGAGUGAGGGUUACACGGUCGAUGCCUUCUUCAUCACCGACGGCCGCUCGAGGAGGAAAGCGCUCGGCAGCCCCAGGAGCAUUCAGAGGCACACCUGCAACGAGUGCGGCAAAACCUACGCCACGUCUUCCAACCUGAGCCGGCACAAACAGACACACCGCUCGCUGGACAGCAAGCUGGCAAAGAAAUGUCCGACCUGCGGUAAGGUGUACGUGUCCAUGCCCGCCAUGGCCAUGCACCUGCUCACUCACGACCUCAAGCACAAGUGUGACGUGUGCGGGAAAGCGUUCAGUCGACCUUGGCUUUUACAGGGCCACAUGCGCUCCCACACGGGAGAGAAGCCGUUUGGGUGUGCCCACUGCGGGAAGGCCUUUGCAGACCGCUCGAACCUGCGCGCUCACAUGCAGACCCACUCGGCCUUCAAGCACUUCAAGUGUAAACGCUGCAACAAGACCUUCGCGCUCAAGAGUUACCUGAACAAGCACUAUGAGUCUGCCUGUUUCAAAGGCCCCUUCUCUCCUCUCGGCCCCCUAGAUGCAUGA